CAAAGCCGUGGUAUAAGAGGGAUGAGGUACCUUGCAUGAAACAGACGCUGCACAACUUGUCAUCAAGGAUAGUACUACUUGUUUUAAAUAAUUGAUAUUCUUCUCUCAACAUUUGGAACAAAUACACCAAUCAUGAACGCUUGUGCUUUAAUAUUUGCAGCAUGUCUUGGAUGUGUCAUGGCCCAGGGAGAACCGUUUGGAGACAUGCCCGACUACGGAGAUCAACUGGUUGGGGGCGGCAGCGUAGUCGGAGGCAACUCGGGAGAAUUUAACAGUUUCGACGUCUUCGGCGCCGCCGCCGCCGCUGCUGCUGGUGCAGUGGGAGGCGGCAUGGGAGGCGGCACGGGCGGCGGUAUGGGCGGCGGCAUGGGCGGAGGAGGCAUGGGCGGAGCAGGAAUGGGUGGUAACGGCGGAAUGGGUAACGGAGCUGGAUUCAACAACGCAUACGGCGGAUACGGCGGAUACGGAAACCCUUACGGCGGUGCCGGCACUGGUAUGAUGGGCGGCGGUGAUCCCUUCAUGGAGGCUGGAGCAUUCGACAACCCAUUCGGCAACAACCCACAUCUUGUCCGUGAUGCCAACGGAAGAGCGCAGGCCGUCUCGGCAUCGACCGUCGCAGGAGCCACGAUCGCCGUCAUCGUUGUCGUCGUCAUCUUCGCCGGAAUCGCUAUUUUCGUCGUCAGGCAAAGAAGAAAUUCACGAGUGAUGAUUGCAUCCGUCUAAACAGACUUUUAUUAACACUUUAAAAACACUAUAUACCCGGCAUCUUUCAUAAUUUUUGUAUAGUUGUUAACUUGCUAUCGUAAACCCCUGUGUAAUCUACAAUAAAGCAAAAAAUGUGACAGAGUCCAUCCAACAUUCAGACAUAAAAUCGACAUUUUGGCCAAGCAGUCGAAAAUGGUCGAUAAUCAUAUGGUUUGCCAUAUAUCUGCUACAAGAUUGAUUGUAUACCUGGAGAGCGUCGCCUGACAGGACUUUUCGGAUAUUUCAUGCGACAGUCGAUGCUUAUCAGCCAAUCAAAAUCAAUGCGAGUUGUGAGGCUUGAUAACCGUUAAGACGACAAAUGUUGAUGAAAGGUUCAAUGCCGUUAUUUCUUCGAACCCAUAUUUCGGCCCACGUAAUUUGGUAUAAUCAUGUUUCAGAUCGCAUAUCAUGUUGGUCUCACUAAUUUCUAUUCAGUAUCAUCAUGCCCAAUGUAUUCAUGAAUCGUUAUCUGUGUAUUUCAUAUUCGAUAUUGUUGUUUUUCAAUCGUUUCCUUUUGUUUGUUUUUCACUUAAUUUUGUGUCGUUUGAAGUGUUGUUUUUAAUAGUUUGUAUAUAUUUUAUAAGAGAAUUAUCAAUCAUACAAUGCUGUCUACUGUUAAAAGAGAAUUAUUUCAUUUA